AUGGGUGUUCCAAAUGCCCGAGGCGAUAGUUACCGAAUGGCUACAGAAAAAAAGUCGAAGAAAAACCCAAAGAAGGAUGACUUAAACGAACUGAAACAGGAGCUGGACAUGGAUGAGCAUCGGAUAUCUCUCGAUGAGUUGUAUUCCCGGCUAUCCACUGAUCCACAGAGUGGCUUAACUGCCGAACAGGCCAAGACUCGUUUGGAACGGGAUGGACCAAAUGCACUUACACCUCCAAAGACAACGCCAGAGUGGGUGAAAUUCUGUAAAACAUUAUUCGGCGGCUUCUCACUAUUGUUGUGGAUUGGUGCUGUUCUUUGUUUCAUUGCUUUCUCAAUUGAAAGUGGCACUCAUGAAGAUCCACCAAAAGAUAAUCUUUACCUUGGGAUUGUAUUAUCAGUUGUCGUAGUGGUCACCGGUUGCUUUUCAUACUACCAAGAAUCGAAGUCAUCACGUAUUAUGGAAUCGUUCAAAAAAAUGAUUCCUCAGACUGCUUUAGUUAUUCGUGGUGGAGUGAAAAUUGAAGCACCAGCGGAAGCUUUGGUAGUGGGUGAUUUAAUUGACGUCAAGUGUGGUGAUCGUGUACCAGCAGAUAUAAGAAUCAUUUCAGCUAGUUCAUUCAAAGUGGAUAAUUCCGCAUUGACUGGUGAAUCCGAGCCACAAUCACGUACAGCAGAAUAUACAAAUGAAAAUCCAUUGGAGACAAAGAAUUUAGCCUUCUUCUCAACUAACGCUGUCGAUGGUACAUGUCGUGGUAUAGUUGUUAGUACUGGUGAUCGUACUGUUAUGGGUCGUAUAGCAAAUUUAGCUUCAGGUUUACAAAUUGGUCAAACACCAAUUAAUAAAGAAAUUAAUCAUUUUAUUCAUCUUAUUACAAGUGUUGCUGUAUUUCUUGGUGUUUCAUUUUUUGUUAUUGCAUUCAUUUUGGGCUAUCAUUGGCUUGAAGCUGUAAUCUUCUUAAUUGGUAUUAUUGUAGCUAAUGUACCAGAAGGUCUUCUAGCUACUGUAACGGUAUGUUUAACAUUAACCGCUAAACGUAUGGCUAGUAAAAAUUGUUUAGUAAAAAAUUUAGAAGCUGUUGAAACACUUGGUUCAACAAGUACCAUUUGUUCAGAUAAAACUGGUACAUUAACACAAAAUCGUAUGACUAUAGCACAUAUGUGGUUUGAUAAUAAAAUAUUUGAUGCUGAUACUACAGAUGACCAAUCAGUUGCCACCUAUGAUAAAAAUUCACCAACUUGGAUAGCAUUAGCUCGUAUUGGCAUGUUAUGCAAUCGUGCUGAAUUUAAAGUAGGCGAAGAAAAUAAGCCAGUAUUAAAACGUGAAUGUAAUGGAGAUGCAUCGGAAUCAGCUUUGUUAAAAUGUGUUGAAUUAUCAUUUGGUGGUGUUACAGAUUAUCGUCGUAAAAAUCCAAAAGUUGCUGAGAUUCCAUUCAAUUCUACAAAUAAAUAUCAGUUAUCGAUCCAUGAAACCAAUGAUAGUGAUGAUCGUUACUUAUUAGUUAUGAAAGGUGCACCUGAACGUAUACUUGAUCGUUGUGGAACUAUUUUAAUUAAUGGUAAAGAAGAAGUGAUGGAUGAAUCAAUGCGUGAAAAUUUCAAUAGUGCUUAUUUAGAACUUGGUGGAAUGGGUGAAAGAGUUCUAGGAUUUUGUGAUUAUCGUCUACCAUCGGAUACAUAUAAGAAAGGUUAUCCUUUCAAUGUUGAUGAACCGAAUUUUCCUUUAACCAACUUACGUUUUGUCGGUUUAAUGUCUAUGAUUGAUCCACCUCGUGCAGCAGUACCAGAUGCAGUUGCUAAAUGUCGUUCAGCUGGGAUUAAAGUAAUCAUGGUCACUGGUGAUCAUCCAAUCACAGCGAAAGCUAUUGCUAAAGGUGUGGGAAUAAUUUCGGAAAGUUCUAAAACUGUCGAAGAUAUUGCCGCUGAACGAGGGAUUCCAGUUCGUCAGGUCAAUCCACGUGAUGCACAAGCAUGUGUAAUACAUGGAUCUGAUUUACGUGAAAUGACCCCAGCACAAAUUGAUGAAAUUUUAUUAAAUCAUUCAGAAAUUGUAUUUGCACGUACUAGUCCACAACAAAAAUUAAUUAUAGUAGAAGGUUGUCAACGUCAAGGAGCAAUUGUUGCUGUAACCGGUGAUGGAGUAAAUGAUAGUCCAGCUUUAAAACAAGCUGAUAUUGGUGUUGCAAUGGGUAUAGCCGGUAGUGAUGUGAGUAAACAAGCAGCGGAUAUGAUUUUAUUAGAUGAUAAUUUUGCUUCAAUUGUUACAGGAGUUGAAGAAGGUCGUAUUAUUUUUGAUAAUUUGAAAAAAUCUAUCGCUUAUACAUUAACAUCGAAUAUACCAGAGAUUACACCAUUUCUAGUGUAUAUUUUAGCUGAUAUUCCAUUACCAUUGGGUACAAUUACAAUUCUAUGUAUUGAUUUAGGUACUGAUAUGAUUCCAGCAAUUUCACUGGCUUAUGAAGAAGCUGAGGCAGAUAUUAUGAAACGUAUGCCACGUGAUCCAUUACAUGAUAAAUUAGUGAAUGAACGUUUAAUUUCAAUGGCUUAUGGUCAAAUUGGAAUGAUACAAGCAUCAGGUGGUUUCUUUGUUUAUUUUGUUAUUAUGGCUGAAAAUGGUUUUUGGCCAUCACGUCUACUUGGUAUACGACGUGAAUGGGAUUCCAAAGCGAUUAAUGAUUUAGCAGAUUCUUAUGGACAAGAAUGGACAUAUAAUCAACGUAAACGAUUAGAAUAUACAUGUCAUACAGCAUUUUUUGCAUCCAUUGUUAUAGUACAGUGGACUGAUUUAAUGAUUUGUAAAACACGUCGUAAUUCUAUAUUUCAACAAGGAAUGUGGAAUCAUCAUUUAACAUUUGGUUUAUUCUUUGAAACAACAUUAGCUAUUUUCUUAUCCUAUUGUCCUGGUUUAGAUAAAGGUCUACGUAUGAUGCCAAUGAGAUUUACAUGGUGGCUUCCAGGUCUACCAUUCAGUUUUCUGAUAUUUGUCUAUGAUGAAGUGAGGAAAUUCCUACUUCGACGGUUACCACCUGGGUCAUGGCUUGAAAAAGAAACAUAUUAUUAGUUGUAGUUAUAGUAAAUCCCCUCCCCCUCUAUAAUAUAUGAGUAAAUAUAAAUAUAUAUAUAUAUAUGCAUUCUUGUCAUCUCUGUGUGUGUGUACUGCACAUUUGUAGUUUCAAUGAAUUGAUUCUCUACUUCUCUCUAUUUCACUGUUUUCACACAUACACACAUGCACUCACAUGAUAUCCUCUUGGAAAUAUUAGUAUCUUCUAUAUUAAAACUAUCGAAUCCUGAUAUAAAUUACUUAAAACAUUACGGAGUUUUGUGUUUUAAAUCACCGAUACAGAUGUAUGUGUGUGUUUGUGUUUAUGCACUUGCUUGUGUAUUAUUAUCUGUGCUGUUUUCUAGUGAGUCACUUGGUAGUGAUGAUGAUGAUGAUGAUUGCCCACAUUCUAUUUCCUAUUUUUAGCCAUUUCAUAUUGUUCUCUUCUCUUUAUUUGAAUGAACAAAGAAGAAGAAUUUUCAUUGAUUAUAUUACUUUGUUUCUAAGUUACUUUCUGAAAUGAAUCAAUCAAAUUUUCAAUGAGAAAACCAUCAUCUUCAUUGUAUUCUUGUUGUUCUUCUUAUCAUUACCAUUUGGUUGAUCCUCAUUGUCGAAAUCGUCGAUAUUGUUAGUUUUGAAAUGUAGAAUUUAAACAUAACAUAUAUUACAUAAUUAGUAAUAUAAUUAUUAGAGUGAAAUGCGCCUUAUCUUACAGUGAUUUCAUUUAUUCAUUGUUUAUUUUUUGUUUUGUUUUUGAAGGGAAUUCUUUAUAGUAUUGUUGUAUUUUGACUGUCAUUACUGCUAUUUAAACCACUACUUACUACUAGUUAAUUCAUGAUAAUCAGUAGUGUAAUAGGUGUGUAUUAUGAUGUAGUAUUCUAGUAGUAAUGACAAUUAUCAUUUAGAUACAUUUAUUAUUCUUGUGUUAUUUUGUCUGUUUACUAGUUUUUCAUUGAAAUUUAUCUGAAGAAAAAAAAUGAAAUGAAUAAUUGUUCUUGCCUAAUUGUCGCCAUACACACACCUAUGUCACUUGCCCUCCCUCUCUCUGUCUCUCUCAUACACCCACACUCUGUUUCAUUCUCUUUUUCUUUCGAUGUUGUUCAAUGGAAUCCCCCUCCUCUGUUGUUUGUUUUUUUCUUGUAUCGAUCAAGUUGAUUUUGUACAUUUCAUAUUGAUUUGUUUGUUUUUCAGUUGUUUCUAUGAACAAUAAUUAUAAUUCUAUAGAAAAUUGUGUACGUUUUUUGAAAGCAUAUGGAUUAGAUUGAAAAAAAAUAGGGGGAAGUAAAUUCUUAUAAAUGAUUAUCAUCAUUAUUAUUUGUCAUUGUUAAUUGAACAUUUAUGAAAGAUUGUGAUACAUUUUUCUUUUCUUUAUUUUUCUCUUCUUUCUAUUCUAUUCUAUUUCAUUCAUCUUUUUCAAUUUGUUUGCCGGUUUUUUUCUCUUUUUCUUGGCAUAAGUUCCUGUCUUUUCCUACUUGUUGUUCUUGUAGGUGUGUGUGUGUGUGUGCACGCGCUCAUGUUUAGAUUUGUGGUAAUAUGAUGCUCAUAGACCGUGGUUUGUUCUUGUUUUAAUAUGGAUAAUAGACUCCACGUCCUCUCUCACACACACACACACACUUAUGUUUAUUGUGUAUUCAGUUCAUCAUUCAUACAAUCAAUCUAUUAUUAAUUAUUAUCAUUAUGAAUAGAGUAUAUGAUGAUUAUUAUAAUAAAAAUAGUGAUCUAUAUGAUCUUUUAUAGUAUUAAACAGGAUCAUAUUAUAUUUGAUUAUUGUCAUAAUACAUUACACUCUAAUAGAAGUCAUCAAUCAAUCAAUCAUACAUUCAUUUAAUAGUAGAUAAUUCUAUUAUCUUGUUAUUAAAGAAUGUUUUUGUUAUUUUGUCUUGUUCCCCUUUUUCUCCCUCUUUCUCUCUCUGUCUGUCUCUAUUUCUGCUUCUCUUUUCCAAUGAUUACGCAAUAUAGACUAUCGAAUUUUGAUCUGAUCAACAAUAUUCUAAUUUCCAUAUUGAUCAUUUUUAUUAUUGCAAUAUAAUUUAUAUAGUUAGUAGUCAUGGUAAUUCAAUUGUAAUUGUAAUUCAUCACAUUUUAUUUAGUCUAUUUUGUUUUUAAUAUUCUUAUGUUGAAACAAAAAUGAUAGAGUAAAAUAGAUCAAUUCUUUUCUGUUUAAGAUUCCCCCUCCCCAAAUAAAACUAGAUCUUUAUCGUGUUUCUAUGGGUGUGGGUGUAUGUGUGAUUUAGAUAUUUUAUCUUUUCUUCCUUAUUUCCAACAUACAUACAACGGAUAAGAGCGAAUGUGUGGAAUCUUUUCUUUUUUUUUCAUUUCCGUGAUAAUCUUCAAUAUUAUAUAUAUAAAUAUAUGUAGUGUUAGUUAAGUAACUCAGACAAAUAAAAAUUGUUUCCCGCCUUUUUUUUUGUUUUAAAGAAUUAAAUCAAUAGUUUCAAAUAAUAUUCUGAUUGAUUGAUCGAUUGAUUAAUUGUUUUUCUUUGCCUAUUUCCAAUUGUUGUUUUUGUUGUUAAUAUAUAUUGUUUAGUUUGUUCCUUGUUUCAUCUAUUCCCCACCCCCUAUAUUCAGUUCAUCUAAUUUGAAAUUACGUAAUUUUUUUUAUUAAAGUACUAAUAAUAAUUGUUAGCCAUAAUAGUAAUAUAUAUGUGUAUGUAUGUAUGUGUGUGUGUGUGUGCGUAACAGAGGCUCACAUAGACACACACGAGACGAGAAAUUACUGAUCGUCUUCUUUGCACCCGUAAUCACAUCUAUCAGUUUUUGUUCUCUCUUUCUUUUUUUUUAUAAAAGAAAGGCAAUCCAUCAUUCUGUCACUCACUCACCUACUCACUAACUCUGUUCUCAUUUUUCAUUACACAUUAUAUUUGUUUCUUCUUGAUUUAUCCAAUUGAGUUUAUUUGUAGGAGUCUCAAUAAAUUGAAUUUACA